AUGGGUCAAGCUCCUAGCGGUGGAGCGCCCGGUCGCGGAGGCAAAGACAACAAAAAGGAUCAACAGAAGAAGUGGGAACCUCCUCUUCCAACACGUGUCGGCAAGAAGAAGAAGCGCGGUCCUGACUCGUCGUCCAAGCUCCCCACGGUCUACCCCAACACACGAUGCCGAUUGAAGCUGCUCAAGCUCGAACGAAUCAAGGAUCAUCUCUUGCUCGAGGAGGAAUUCGUGCAGAACCAGGAGCGACUCAAACCGCAGGAGGACAAGGACGCAGAGGAGCGUACAAGGGUCGAUGACCUCAGAGGUAGCCCUAUGGCUGUAGGAACGCUCGAGGAAAUUAUCGACGACGAGCAUGCCAUUGUCAGCAGCGCAACGGGUCCAGAGUACUAUGUCAGCAUCAUGAGCUUUGUCGACAAAGACCUGCUCGAACCGGGCUGCAGCGUACUGCUUCACCACAAGGCUAUGGCGAUCGUUGGUGUUCUUUCGGACGAUGCCGAUCCCAUGGUUAGUGUCAUGAAGCUCGACAAGGCGCCUUCCGAGAGCUACGCCGACAUUGGAGGUCUCGAAACCCAAAUUCAGGAGAUCAAGGAAGCCGUCGAACUACCGCUCACCCACCCAGAACUUUACGAAGAGAUGGGCAUCAGGCCGCCGAAAGGUGUCAUCCUCUACGGUGUUCCUGGCACGGGCAAGACGCUGCUCGCCAAGGCGGUUGCCAACCAGACCUCGGCCACCUUCCUGCGCGUGGUCGGCUCCGAGCUCAUUCAAAAAUACCUGGGUGAUGGUCCCAAACUUGUACGUGAGCUGUUCCGCGUUGCCGACGAGCAUGCUCCCAGCAUUGUUUUCAUCGAUGAGAUUGACGCUGUAGGCACCAAACGAUACGACUCAAAUUCAGGAGGAGAGAGAGAGAUCCAGCGUACACUCUUGGAACUACUCAACCAGCUCGACGGUUUCGACACGAGACACGACGUCAAGGUGAUCAUGGCCACCAACCGAAUCGAGUCGCUCGACCCUGCGCUCAUCCGACCGGGCCGAAUUGACCGAAAGAUCGAGUUUCCUCUGCCUGACCAAAAGACCAAGAUGCACAUCUUCAAGCUUCACACAUCGCGUAUGAACCUCGACUCGGACGUGGACCUGGAAGAGUUUGUCGCCAUGAAAGACGACCUCUCGGGUGCCGAUAUCAAGUCGCUCGUUACCGAGGCAGGUUUGUUGGCGUUGCGAGAGAGGCGGAUGCGUGUGACCAAGAAGGACUUUACCACGGCGCGUGAGCGUGUUAUCGACCGAAAGAAUGAGGGCACUCCCGAGGGUCUUUAUCUUUAA